AUGACUACGGAAUCGAUGGACAUCACCGACCGCAAGUUGCUCAACGUAAUUCAGAGCAAUUUCCCCAUGGUCGAGGAACCGUACCGGGUCGUCGCCGACGAUCUGGGUAUCGGCGAAAGUGAACUGCUGGAGCGGCUGACCGAGUUGAAACGGCAGAAUGUAGUCCGGCAGGUCAGCGCGAUCUUCGAUACGCGCCGCCUGGGUUACAAGACCACGCUGGUUGCGUUCGCCUACGGCGACGACGAUCUGCAUCCCGGCGCCAUCUACAUCAACCGGCAUCCCGGCGUGAGCCACAACUACGCCCGGGAAGGCUCGUACUACAACCUGUGGUUCACGCUGGCGGUGCCUCCCGAUGGCGAUCUGGAAGUCACGGUGAAGUGGAUGGCGGAAAAGACCAACGCCAUCGAGUUCCGCAUCAUGCCCACCAUCCGGUUCUUCAAGAUCGGCGUGAACUUCGACAUGGUCAAGCGCCGCAGUGACGCCUAUAACUACAAUCCCGACUCCGGGCAGCCCAACGGCGCAGCCAACGGGCAGUCGCGCACGCCGGCCAGCGACUGGAACCAGGCGCAGGAGAUCACCGAGUGGGACCGGCAGGUGAUCCGGGAGGCCCAGGAAGACCUGCCGCUGGUAUCCCGCCCGUUCGACGACAUGGCACAACGACUGGGCCUGACGGUCCCGGAAUUGUUCGCGCAGUUGAGCGAGUACCAGGAGCGCAAGCUGAUGCGGCGGUUCAGCGCGGUUUUGUACCACCGCCGUUCCGGUUUCCGGGCCAACGCGAUGAUCGUCUGGAAGGUUCCGCCGGAACGCUCCGAAGAGGUUGGGAUGAUCAUGGCGGAGAAUGCGGCGGUGACCCACUGCUACGAACGGCCCACGUUCCCCGAUUGGCAGUACAGCCAUUUCACCAUGGUGCACGCCCCCACCCGGGACGAGUGCGAGGAGAUUGGCCGGAACAUCGCCCAGGCCACGGGUAUCACCGAGAACCUGCUGCUGUACAGCACCCGCGAGUACAAGAAGACCCGCGUGCGCUACUUCGUUGAGGACUACGAACGGUUCUGGGACACGGCCGAAGAAGCCGAAGCCUUGGCGGAGGCGCUGGUCUAG